UGUUUGCCGAGCACAGGUAUAAAACCCCCUCUGACAUCAUGCCUGCUCACCGGAGAGGCGUCUGGGACUCACUUACAUACAACUGAUCCCCUUUUAGCGUUGUGUUUAGAAUAAAAUGGCAUGCGGGUUGGAUUUUACCGGCGGUAACGUGUCUGAGAUCAUCACGUUUUUAACGGAGCAGUGCUGGCCUGACGCACUCACGGACGGAAACAACAACGGCUGUGCACAAAACUCCUCCAGCACAGUGCACCAUGUUCCGUACACGAUCAGCUCCAAGACAAAGUGCCGCCGGAAACGCACCACAUUCAGCAAGGCGCAGCUGAGCCAGCUGGAGAGGGCCUUCUGUGUGACACCCUACCCGGACAUCAGUAUGAGGAAGACUCUCUCCUCUGUAACUGGACUACCGGAGUCUAAAAUUCAGGUUUGGUUUCAAAAUCGGCGAGCCCGCUUCUUCAAGACCAAGAAACCAGCCAGAGGAGCCUCCAAACCCCCGCAGGUCACCCACACUGCACCGUUCAGUCCUCAGGUGGCGGCUUCUUUACCUCCUAGUCCCAGCCUCCCGUCCCCAACAGGCUACCGUGCGCCCAGUCUACCUCAGUCCACCAGGCUCUCCUCAAUCCUGGACAGUCGGGCAAAGUUGCUGCCUGACCAAUCCUCAUCCGCUUAUGGAUCUGAUCAUCCAGGAGUUCCCCCAAACCAUUACCACCAAUCCCCGGACUUCACCGACUAUUGCCGAGACCCGUUUCCAUACAGUGGGCUCGAUGAGUGGGAUUUACCAGAGGACUUUGAAGCCUUUCUUCAUGCACAGGGGCCAGAGCCAGCACAAGUUAGUCACCCUGGCCCCAAUAAAGGCGUUCAAAGUCGGCAGGACAUCCAGGUUCUCACCAGCUCUAUAGAGACCCUGGAUGACCUGUCAGAUCUGUGCUUCCAGGACCUGAUGGUGAACCCCAGUCUGCCCAAUUUAGACGUCGCAAUGAUUGAUUCUCUUUUGGGAUGACUGACAAAACCAGAGCUGCAUAUUUAAGGCCACGCUGUGAAUGGGUACAUGUGCAACACCGUGCCAGUUUGUGUAACAGCCGCCAGCCUGUAGCAGGAAAACUGCUAGAUCAGUGUAUCCGUUCUCGCACCUUUUUACGUCCAUGCUGUGUCGCCAGUUGGUCUCCCCUGUGCCCGUUCACAGGUACUGUGGUCUUAAAACGUUGCUCUUCCAUCUGUUCUCAUCCAAG